CCUGGAAAAAUAGUUCCUGGUCAAAUAUCAAGUAGUUUACAGAACACUGUUCGAGUGGACUUACUGCCCUACAUGUUUAGAAUAAAUUCAGACAUGUGUAGUUGGUGAACAUGGAGGCCGGGUGUCAUAUAUAGAACACAUGGAGGAGGAGUUAUAAAGCGUUAUAACGGAAGCGUCCUUCAGCCGCGGGUUCUGGUCCGAUGACAGUCCUUCCCACAGUAACACAGCGGACAUGGCCGCGUCCACCGGAGGAUCAUCCACCGCGGGCAUCCAGGGGUUCCCCAUCAUAACCGGCAGGCCCCCGGAGGACAGCACCGGUAAGGACCCGGAGCAGACCGGAGAACCUAAGAAAAAGCCGUGCAGGGCUUGUACCGACUUCAAGUCGUGGAUGAAGGUCCAGAAAACGCCACAGGCGGCCCCAGCUGAGCAUGUGGAGCCCCAGCAGCAGCCGGAGUGUCCGCUGGACAGGGAAGAGUUAGGGCGUAACACCUGGUCCUUCCUGCACACCAUGGCAGCUUACUACCCAGACCGGCCCUCCCCCAGACAGCAGACAGACAUGGGACAGUUCAUCAACCUCUUCUCUAAGGUCUUCCCCUGCGAGGAGUGUGCUGAGGACCUGCGGACAAGGCUGAAGACCAAUCAGCCAGACGCCAGUAGUCGCCACGCCCUCUCCCAGUGGCUGUGUGGCGUCCAUAACGACGUCAACGCUCGGCUGGGGAAGCAGCCGUUUGACUGUUCCCUCGUGGAUGAGAGGUGGAGGGACGGUUGGAAAGAUGGCAGCUGUGACUGAUUCAUUACUGUUACCUGGGAACUGAGAGAUACAGGACACGUCUAUUCACAUCCUGUUCCCUGUAUAGUAGCGUUUAGGGAACUAUCUGGCAUCUGACACAGAGACUAUGUUCUAUUUUCUGAUUGGCUACGGAUCUACAUGAUGCUCACUAUCAAUCUGUUGUCCAGUGCUUUCAGAAAGUAUUCAUACCCCUGGACUUAUUACACAUGUUGUUGUGUUACAGCCUGAAUUCCACAUGGAUUACAUACCCCAUAAUGACAUCACAAUACCCCAUAAUGCCAUCACAAUACCCCAUAAUGCCAUCACAAUACCCCAUAAUGACAUCACAAUACCCCAUAUUGACAUCACAAUACCCCAUAAUGACAUCACAAUACCCCAUAAUGACAUCACAAUACCCCAUAAUGACAUCACAAUACCCCAUAAUGACAAAAGUGAAAACAGGUUUUUAGAAAUGUAUUGAAAAUUAAAUACAGAAAUAUCUAAUUUUACAAGUAUUCACACCCCUGAGUCAGUACAUGUUAGAAUCAUCUUUGGCAUCGAUUUACAGCUGUGAGUCUUUCUGGGUAAGCUUUGUGGGUAAUUCUCUAAGAACUUUACACACUUGGAUUGUACAAUAUUUGUACAUUAUAUUUUUUGCAUGUUUUGGAAUACGUAUCUGUAUUGGGAAGCAGACAACCAGGUUUUCCUCUGGGAUUGUGUCUGUGCUUCACUCUAUUCCGUUGAUUUCUAUCCUAAAAAACUUCCCUAGUCCUUGCCGAUGACAAGCAUACCCAUAACAUGAUGCAGCCACCUCAUCUUUGAAAUUAUGAAGAGUGGUACUCAGUGAUGUUGUGUUGGAUUUGCCCCAAACAUAACGCUUUGUAUUCAGGACAUAAAGUUAAUUUCUUUGCCACAUUUUUGCAGUUUUACGUUAGUGCCUUGUUGCAAACAGGAUGCAUGUUUGGAAUAUUUUUAUUCUGUACAGGCGUCCUUCUUUUCACUCUGUCAAUUGGGUUAGUAUUGUGGAGUAACUACAAUGUUGUCCAUCCUCGUUUUUCUCAUAUGAUCACAGCCAUUAAACUCGAACUGUUUUGCAGUCGCCAUUGGCCUCAUGGUGAAAACACUGA